UUGUUUUCUUUAAUACAGGACAAGACACAUGAGCUGGGUAGAAUCAUGAUACUACAGGAGCAGAAUGUAGGACUGCAUCAAAAUUUGCUAGAGACAGCAGUGAGGAUGGAGUGUUUGGGAGAGGAGUUCAUGAGCAGCCAAAAGCUUUUGGAGGCUGAACUUCAGAGGACACGUAUGGAGCUUAGCAGCCUCACAGAGAGGUUUAAGAGACUACACGACAACUGCUCUUCCACACAACAGACUAAUAAUCUUCUUGAGCAAAAGCUUCAUUCAGUGGCUCAGAGUAUGGAAGGAGAACGUGAGAGGUUGAACGGGCAUAUUUCAGCCCUGACGGAGAAGCUCGCUGAUGUAAAGUUUGCCAACAGUGUGGAAACAUUCAAUGUAACAUCACUGCUACACAAAACCGAGCUCCAUUUUCAGUCAGAUGAUGGCAUUAAUCAGGUGGUUCUCCCCGUCGCUCCCCCUCCGGCUCAGUUCAUGGACAGCCAUAAUUAUGGAAAGGCCAAAGCCGGUGGGCAGGAGCAAUCUCUAGGUUCAGUCCCAGAGGAAGAGGAAUCUGACUGGUCAGAGAUUGGAGAAGAGAUGCCACGGUUUAUUAUGACAGGAUCAAACAGAGGGCAAGCAUGGAGACACCAGGAAGGAGACGUGGACAAAGACAGCGAGUCAGGAGGUGACGAAAUAAUCAGACGACUCCCUCCACGCCCACUGCAGACACCUCAUCUCCAGUUCACUAUCCACAAUGAGAAUCUGUCUGAUAGCACAACAGGUGAUGGCACCUACAGGAUCACCACCACAAGUCCAACCAUUGGCUCUGCCAUCCUUAUCCGGUCAGCUAGCCUGGAAGAAAUCCCUCUGGCACGCCAUCACAUGCAGAAAGAACUAAGAGGCACAGAGGCCAUGAUGGACCUUCACCACAGAGGGAACCACGCCAUCGGCGAUUUAGAUAAUGAGAUCAUUCAUCACUGGAGAGAAAGCAAAGACAGGGACACAGUUAUCGAGAGGCCGAUAGCAGAAAGCAGAAUGUCUGAGGCAGAUAGCAGCCUGGCCAGCCUGCAGUCAGCCGAGAGGAUGCUCAACCACUUCAUAUGUGAACCACAGAGCGGUGAAGGAAAAGGGCAGGGCAGGGCUGAGGUGCACGGCUGGACAGGAGGGAUCCCUGACAAGGUGUUGAAAGGGGAGCGAACACAACUGUGACAGAAACAGUGCAUGUUCACUGUUUCUGAAAUCAUAAUUUACAUUGAUCUUAAUUACCAUGGAAAGGUUCAAUGAAGACCUGCUACAGAGGUUCAGCUCUUCUUAUUAAUAUGUGGUCUGAGGAGAGUUAACCUUUGAAUUUAAUCUGUAAGACUAAUUCGCUUUGAUAGCCUGUGUCCAAUUAACAUUUUUCAGAAUGCAAAUUUGGCUCCAUCAUUUGUUUCUCACAGUAUUACAUACUCUACAUUCAACACACAUUUGCAGUUCAAAUAAAAUAUUCAAACCAAUAUUUGCCAAGUUGAAUUAA